GCUGGAUCAACACAGAAGAAUCAAUUUUGUUCUAGAUGAAUAUACGAAAGCUACAAGAUGACGAGAUCAGUAUGUUGAGAAAACCACGGUCACAACUGAGAUCCGAGUCAGAGUCUACGAGGGCCAGAACGGACGUGAAGGAUCUAAGUCUCUUGAUCGACUUCGACUAUUACGUGACACUAAGGACACCAGAGCUCGCCUUUGCCAAUAUUAUUUGUGCCCCAUGUCACGCAAGCAACCCUUGAUUUUUCUUUAAACCAUAGCAGAGCAUCACAAAACGUAUGAUUGAUGCAUUCUUUCCUCCACGUUGACCACACGACACACUUUUUUAUACAUGCUAUUCUCCUCCAGGGCGAAAUAGGGUGGGGUGUGCUAAAUGAUACAGUUAUUUUUGCUCAGUUAGUUUUAACUGACCCAAUACCGCUGCAAUGCCCUUUGCCGCUUACCUCCAUAUCAUCGAGUCGCCACCAGUAACCCUGCAUAGUCACAAGUUAACCUGCAAAACUAUUGCACUGUCUUUGGCUAAUUAGUCUAAUGAAUCUUUGAUGGCAAAAUUCGUCGCCGAUCAUGUUUUUUUAUUCAAUUAAUUUGCUCCUCUCCAUCUCUGAUAUGAACAUUGACUACUCCAUGACAUGUUCGGUUCUGCAGUGAAGCUCGGGCAGUUGUCUGACUACCUGGACAGCAAUCAGGAGUGCAUCCAGCCCUUGUUGUCGGGUGGAAAGAUCAAGAAUGAGAAGCAGGAUGGCCGUGUCUACGACCUGUCGAGGGGCAUGUCCACCGAGCGGCCGGACCUCAUCAAAAAAGCAAAAGCGGAGAGCAUAACGAAGCGCGGAUCAACUUCCGGUACGGGUGGAAGUGGAGCAGAUAAUGCGAACCAAGCAGGAACUACUGCCGCGCCUUUGACAAAAAAGGAGAAAGCGGUGGUAGCGCUUAGUGACUGUUUAGCCUGCUCAGGAUGUGUAACAUCUGCGGAGGCGGUGCUGCUCGAGACGCAGAGCUUUGAUCAAUUCCUGAAGGUACUGAAUGGCGGGACUUGCGCAGCGCACGGGCUUAGCGCAACUGAUAUCGAUGAACUUCUGUUUGGUGCUCAGGUAAGACCAUCAUCCGUUCAGCCAAGAGAUGCAUUGCUGCCAAAGGAAAACGCAUCGACUCCUACCUCCCGACAAGAGGUUGUGUCUGAGUCUGCGGCGUGCGGUUUGGGCCUUCUCUCGUCAUGGCAGUACCUUUCAUUAUUCGACGCCGAACAGAUUGCACAAGAGCAUCGAGGUACGGAUUCGCUGUCUUCAACAGCUGCCCACCAUCUUCAUAGGCCUGCGUCAAGACCGAACCUUCGGCAUGGUCAGAAGGAUUUAGUCGUUAUGUCAGUAUCGCCUGAAUCGUUGGUGAACCUGCAUUUACGCUGGAAUCCAGAUGGACUGCCAAUAGAGACCCUAGGGAAAUUGCAGAGGUUGCUGCGUAUGCACGCAGGAUCUGCGAAGGGGGUCGUGGUCACAGAUACAGGAGUAGCACACGCCAUAUACGUCCGGAAAAUUCUUGCCGAAGUCGACCACGUUAUUCAGGAUUCCAAGACCCAAGCUUGUCGGGACAGAGUCGUGGAUAUCACUGCUCCCGCAUCUUCGGAUGCGGUGACAGUUCUUAGUGCUGGAGCUUCUGGUACCACAAAAACUAGUGCGCCUGGGGAGUCGUUGCAGGAUUUCGUGAAAAAGGUUCAGAAUCUUGACGAAGGCCUGUCUUACAACAAUGCUGCGGACAGAGCCAAGGAACGAGCCAAGCCACCACUUGUUGCGAGUUACUGUCCAGGAUGGACGUGCUAUGCUGAGAAAGUGGCUCCGCCAGCCGUGGCGCCUCACCUUUCUUCAGUGCGUAAUCCACUUGUGAUUCAGGGCCACCUGGUGAAAACACGUCUAGCAACGACCUUCCGACAGCGUGCUUUUUUGACAUGGUACCGAACACACUUUCCCUCGCUGUCACUUGCACCCCAUCAGGAUACGGCUUCUACUAGUUUCAUCCAGCCAGGAACCGAGGACAUUAUGUCAGGAGAUGCGCAAUCAAUGUCAGUGUCGCACAUUCUUGUAGCGCCGUGUUUUGACCGAAAGAUCGAAACUAUGCGUCCCGAGUUCGGCAAAACGCUAGAUUUGGUUUUAGCAACGCGGGAGUUGGAGCAACUGCUGCACGAAACUCAGCUGCCACUAGCAUUUGUAGAAAAAUAUCGAGCUGCCACUGCCGCGGAUCCAGUGGCCGUUGCUUCAUUGUGGUGCGAGGAUUUCAAUAACGACGACGAGACUGUUGGUGACUCAGUCGUGUAUGCGCGAAAACUGCAAGACCUAGCUGACAUAGCAUCUUCGGACAGUCGCACAAGAAGACGUGCGGAGCAGCGAAUACAGGAGAACAGCCAUGGUGUAGGUGGAGACCGUUAUGUCGACUUUUUUUCAUGGGUUUCUUCGACCACGAAAUCGUACGUGGAGCAAGGUCGAGAAUCGCUGUUUGGCGAAACAGACAAGGCGCGUGCUGCAGCGCUCCGGAGGAGUGCGCGGGCAGCCGAAUGGGAGGAGAUGCAAGAGGAUGAGCGGCUCGCACGCGCUUUUUUUCGGGCGCUUCCGGCCGACAGCGACAUCUGCGACGCUCUUGGGAACCGAAUGCAUGCGGUGGAGCGUCAUCUGAACGUGGAUGAGGCCAUGGCGUAUUCCCGCGAUUCUGAGGAUUAUCUGCCGGUGCGCCUGGAUCGAAAUCUGGCCCAAGCCGCAGAUGGCACGCUCCUCCGUGCGUCGGGCUUCAAGAACAUCCAGAAUGUCGUAGCGAAGCUGGUGGCGCUGCAUAAGAGCGACGGCGCUAAGACGGAGGCCAUGAAACCAUCAGUAAACGCCGGCCAAAAGAGCGUUGGCACCUCCCGACAGACUUCUUUACCUAGCCAGAAAGCUAACAAAAGCUCUGCAACUUCCGCUUACGACUUCAUGGACGUCGCGGCGUGUCCUGGUGGUUGCCUCAACGGCGGCGGCCAGUUUCCGCUAGGAAAGAAUGGUUUGGAACAGAUGCAAGCUUUUUGGCGUGACCUUCCUCUUCGCGACGUAGGGAGCACAACCGCAGCCUCCAAUCUGGAUGAUCCAGGCUCUGUUCAUUAUCGAAGUUUGCGCACAGUAGACGAGGACGCGACUGCGGCAACGGAUAGGGGUAAAGCAGGGCCGACCCUCAAGUGGUAACAAACGGGUGGGGUUCGGUUGUUGUUGCAAGAUUUGAACUCUACCUUUGUACAUCAACUCAAAAAUGUUUCCUCAAUUUGCCUCCGAGUACCUGGAAGGCUUAUCACCUCGCCUAGCCGGGAGCGAUCCCUAGUGACCAUCGUAGAUAAAAAGAAU